GAAUAUGAUGAAUCUUAAUACUAAUGACAUCUAGUUUUUGUUUGUAGUCAUUCAUAGCACUAACUGUCAAUAUGGUGGAUCUAGUCGAUAUACAGGGAUACUCGAAGAAUUGGAAUGGGUGUACAUCCCAAUCAAUGAUAACAACAUUCAUUGGUUUAUGUGUGUCGUAAAUUUCAAACAUGCAAUUGUAUAUGUACUUGAUUCAUUACCUUCUCUGAGCAAACUCAAAGUACAAAACGAGAAGGUCCUUCGUGUGCUUCAAUACUUGGAUGAUCUAAUUCAACACUUGGGGAAUAAUGGAUGUGUCAAGAAAGCCCAUAAGCUACCAAUUAAAAGACUGAAAUGGCUUCCAAUUCAAGAACCAGGUAGCGAUGAUUGUGGUGUGUACACUGCCAAGUACUUUGAUUUGAAGCAAUUUAAUGAGGAAGAAGCCGCUAAGUUGAAAUUCACUUCUGAAGAGGGUAGGAACAACUUGAUUUUGGACUUGAUCCUUUGUGGGGAGAACAUAAUCAGGAAUGAAGUCAUCCGAAAGGCUCAACAAAAAUAUCGCAACACUAGAAGGAUAACUUAAUAGCAAUUGGAGUUCUUUUUUAUGACAAAUGUAGUUAAAAUUCAGUUAUGGAGACAAACAAUGAUAUGGCAAAUGCUGCCUUUUUGUGAACUUGAUGAUAUGGCAAAAUUCUGCCAUGUUGUAAACUUGAUGAAUGUGAGGUGCCUUGGUGGCUUUUGUUGUAAAUUUGAUAUGGCAAAUGCUACAUUUUUGUAAAC